AUGGGUGAAGCAGCAGUACCGCCUGAGCUAGACACCAAUCCAGCAGCAAAGAUGGCUCAGACAAACCCUCUGCCUGUUCCCAUGGGCCCGUGGAAGAGCGUUCGGAGCAGAGGCCGGGAGAACCGCCAGCCACAGCCCUGCCACCCACCCGUCCCAGAACGGCUCCGCUCCUCUCUCCGGACGGCACCGCUGCCCCGGGAACUGAUCUCCGCAGGGAUCACCGUGUACGACCAAGAAAACUUCCAGGGCAAGAGGAUGGAGUUCACUUCGGCCUGUCCAAACAUCAUGGAAUGUGGCUUCGACAACAUCCGCUCCCUGAAGGUGGAAUGUGGCGCCUGGGUCGGUUACGAGCACACCGGCUUCUGCGGGCAGCAGUUCAUCCUGGAGAGGGGAGAGUACCCGCGCUGGGACGCCUGGAGCGGCAGCAACGCCUACCACAUCGAGCGCCUGAUGUCCUUCCGCCCCGUCUGCUCCGCAAAUCACAAGGAAUCCAAGAUCACCAUUUUCGAGAAAGACAACUUCAUCGGCCGCCAGUGGGAGAUUGCUGAUGACUACCCCUCGCUGCAGGCCAUGGGCUGGGCCAACAACGAAGUGGGCUCCAUGAAGAUCCAGUGUGGCGCCUGGGUGUGCUACCAGUAUCCCGGGUACCGUGGCUACCAGUACGUCCUGGAGUUUGACCACCACGGUGGAGACUACAAGCACUGGAGAGAGUGGGGUUCGCACGCCCAGACCUCCCAGAUCCAAUCCAUCAGGCGUGUCCAGCAGUAGCUCCCCAUUUCCCAGUACAUCUCUGCAAGGUUUCCAAAGCUCACCGGCUCCCUCUUGGUGCUAAUACUCCCCUCCCGAAAUAACCACCCCCUCUCGUACUGCCACUGCUUAUGGAACAACACUCCCAAAACGGUACCGACCGCCACAAUUGCCAAUAAAUGUGACUGAAAGAAAAACAUAAAUCAGCUUGGUGUGUGUUUGUGUUGUGUGUUUGGGACUGAGGUUGCACGUCCCCAUUGCAGGAGCAGGGACCAGACUCUUUCCUAUUUAUUUUAAGCUGGGCUGAAGUGUGGUGGGGCUCACCCUGAGGGAGGCUGAGACCUUCACUGUUGCACAGAAACCCUUGGUUUUUUCCCUCCCUGCCCUCUCCUUCCCCCGACAAAGUAAAGGACACCUGCAUUCCACCCCACCUGUGUACACACAGCACUGCCAGGCCUCUGGGAUCUAAACCCAGGCUGCUCCCUGAAAACGCAAAAAAGAAAGUCACACUGACACCCACAAACUUUAAAAUUUUUAUUCAACAAUUUACAUCACUUAUUGUCUGUCUUAACGUAUUCGAUCUACACAAAUUUCUUUUUUUUUUCCUGAUAAAAUAAUAAAAUUUGGAUAAAUUUUGAAGACCUGUUGGUGCAGAAUAAACAAAAUUUCAGGUAAGGUUCUUUUUUUUUUUUUUUUUCCUUUUUUUUUUUUCUCUUAAACAUUUAGUGUGAAGUAUGACAUCAUUGGUAAAGAUACAUCAUGCCAUUACAGCUCAUGGACAUUACCUAUCCUUACAGUCCGUGACAUCACCCACACCAGCGCAAGGGGCUGCGCCAGACACAGCUACAGCAGGUUUUACACUAAAAUCCUCUAGCCACCCUCUCACCACCGGGAAAACGCCUACGCUUUUCCAGCUGGGCACACAGAGUGCAUUAACCUAAUCAGAAAUUACCGGGGAGGGGAGAAGGAAACAAAGACUACCUUGACUGAUCCGUGUGGUCGCACACUACAACAUCGACACCAAAGAGGGGCUGCCCCUCUCCGCAGGUCAGAGGUAAUUCAGCUCCUGAGCAGGGAGAGCACGACCCCUCGCAGUGAUUUGAAUACAAACCAGGAACGAAAUGAGAACUUAUCGACGGGGGAAGGGGGCAGGAGAGGAGACAGACCCCGCCCGGCUCUGCCUGCAGGGAUCUCUCUCCAGCCCCGGCGCGGUUGUGUUUUGCACCGCCCUUAACACUGAAAUAUCCAGGGAAGGGGGAGACAGGGGCAUCAGUCCCCCCAGUAAACAAGUUGAGGACCUUCAGAGGCUGGGAAGCCACUGAAGGUGUGUAAGUACACGUGUGAUGGUAGAUAGAAAAGCAGCCCUGUUCUGUAUGAAAAAAAGCUGUCAAGUUAGUACAAAUUUCUGCCACGGCGAAGGGAACAGGAGGAGAAAGCUGUCAGGGUCCUUCUCCUGUCACAAAAUCCCCACUCUCCCGCACACAGGCUCUGGGCUAAGCAACACGUUUCCAAAGGUGGUACCUGCAACCCAACGCACCCAACGCAUGAAAACAAAACCAAAAUAAAGCUCUCACCCCCGAGGCUGGAGGGAACCCAGUCUCCACUCCAGCCCUGCAGCGGGAUAGCGAGGAACCCUGUCCCUCCUGCCUCACAGUGGGAAUACACAGCGGUAGGAUUCCUCCUGGUUCAUUUUGCCAUUAGAAGCCUCGAGUUUGCCCACGCCACCGGCCUGCAGCGCAGUGGACUGGUCUCCAUCCCCUCCCCAAAGCUGCUUUGCGUGGGGGCUCCCCAUCCCCACGGGGACACCGGUGGGUGCCACCACCACGCCCUCCCCGGAGACAAAAAGGGCACUGGUUCAUCUGACAGCACAAGGCGUAUCUGAAACACAAGCCAGCACACCCCGCUCCCUCCCAUUCAAUUACUAAAGUAGGCUCUUUAAAAUAAAAAAAUAAUAUAUAUAUAUUUAUAUAGCUAUACAGAGAGAUACAGAGAAAGCAAAGGAGAAAGGCUACUAAAAAAAUCAAGAAGCGCCAGUUUUCUGCUACAGCUGUCAGCAAAGAACUGUCACCUUACAUCAUACCCUCCGAGAUGGUGAAGAGAAUGGAGGCAAUGACAGCACAGGAAUGCAAAAGAGGGCAGAUAAGUCACUUCUGGUAAUGAGACACAAAUUAAACUUUCAAAACAUGUGCAUAGCUUUAUUCAUCUGCUUCAAACUAACCUUUUCACGGAGCUUCAGCGAAACCCGAGUGUGCAAAAUGCAUUUCUAAAAAAUAAUGCAAGCAAGCUUUCACAUUUACUGUGGCAGAAGUACAGAAAGACUCGGACAGAAUCAUCACACGCUGGGGAGGGAGAUGGAGAACCCAGAAUUGCACAGCUUGGAGUUCUGAGUCACUGACUGCAAACACAAGCGUUUGGAUUUCGUUAACUUCAAGCAAGGCGUGUUGACUUCUCCUUUACAAAAAAAAAUCUCAUAAACCCCACAGAAACAAGAACCACAACCUGGCAGGGAAUAAAUCCUCUGGAUAAUGGGAUCAUGGUGCCACAGAGAGUCUGAACUCCAGCAAAGCCGGUUCCAGACCUCGGCUUGUUUGAGCUCUGCAGGCAAACCAUGGCAAUACUGAUUUUUUUUUCCACAGAAGAGCGAAGCAGCUUUUCUUUCUCUCCCUCCCACUCCCCUCUGAAGUCACAGGUGCCACUGCACAGGACAUCAUCCCCAAAGUAAGACAGCCACCACACAGGCUGGAGUCCAGGUCUCAUUUUGAUCCAAAGGGUCACCGGGACACUAAGGAAGCCUCGGUGUGGGUGGGGAGUGACCCUCCCGGCCACGUCCCCAGCUCACACCCCACCACCUCUCUCCAGAAAGACUAAGCACACAUGCAAGGCACAUUGAGUCAGAUGUACACACACACCUGGGUGUGUAAAAGAGCAAACGCUGGCCGAAAAAGAAAUAAAUGGAUGCUGAAAAUACUAACUAAACAGGCAGAGAGCUCUGGCCUAUGGAUUUGUAGACUAUUUUCCAGGCAGUUGUAAACCCCAAGUGUUUUUCCUGCACGACUUUAGACCUUCCUUACUCUUCCCCCACUUUGCAGAGAGGUACUUAAUAUUCCUACAGGAUCUUCUACAAAUAGUCAAGUAAAAUCCCUUUUUCCCCUCCAGUUAACUCCUUCUCCAGGGUACACAUCCCCCACCAUGGUCCAGGCAUGACCCAUAAAGAGAAGAGGUUCUGGACCUGCCUGCACCUCCUGGCAGCGCCUUGAUGCAGUGAGACCUCCCUCCACUGCUCCCUAAGCCUUUUACUGCCAGGGUUUGGCUGGGUGGAUGGCUUCACCUCACUUUUUCCUUAGAAAACAUCAGAGCUCACGCACUGAGUGCUCCCCAGGUGGAGAAGGAGCUGGUGGGAUAAGGGCAGGACGGAGGCCAUGCAAUCCUUAAUACUGCUGGUUAACUUCACAUUGAGAUAAAGCAUUCAAAAGAUCUUUUUGUAGAGAUGAACAGUUUCCUUCUAGAGAUAAAUUCAAAUAGAAAACAAAUAUAUUAAAACCGGAGACAAGAGCUGGCUGAGGUUUUUCUACUUUACAAGUUACUCAGGCACCUUUCCUGCACCACCAGCCAUGGAGGAAGGAGAAGCUGAAAACCUCAGGGAUUUGCACCACCCUUCCAAUAGCAGCUUGAGAAAAAGAAGGGAGAGAAAAAAGAAAAAACAACAAUAAUAAAAAAUAAAAAAGCACAGUGUUCUCUCAAGUUAAAGAGUUCUCCUUUGCUUGCGUUUGCAUAGAAAUUCCCAGAGGUCAGCACCAAAAUCAGGUCCAACCCUGUCCUACACCCCGGCUCCCCCAGUUCCUACGCUCCCCCAGCUAGUGGCUGUGUUACAGGAGGGUUCAACUAUCCGCAGAGGAACUACAUGGUCAUGUUAAAAAACAAAACAAUAAAAACGAGAAACAAAAGUGCAUCACACAUUCUUGAUUUUCAGGGUUACUUAUAGCAGCAGCAUCAGCAUUAAUCCAAGACAAUGAACAGUUGUAGAUUCGUUCUUAAAUGCAGCAACACUUAAUGAAAUGUCUUCGGGGAAGGGCAUAAGAGGGUCCUUCUCAAAAGGAUCAAAAUGGAAAUUAGACUAUUCAAUAUGGACAACAAGGAGAUAAAACAAAAAUUAAAGACAUAAUCUUAUUUACAUUAAAAAAAAAUUCUAGUUAAAAUAUCUUUACAACACCUACGCAAAAAAAUAUGUAUUUUAAGAAUAAAGCAGAAACUCCUAAAGCAGUAUCCAUUUUUGGAACCCUUAUUUAGCACCUGAGGAAAGACCGUAUGGAAAGCAGACAGGCUGGGGAUUUUUUUGUUGGUUUUGUUUUUUUUUUAAGAAAACUGUAAGUUGUAUUUUUGCUAAAUGUUCAGAAGUUUGCAGUACACAAGUUUCAUACCACAGAAAGAAAUGAACAAUUCCAUUUUUUUUUUUGUUUUCUUCUUUUUAAAGAUCCUCUACUCAUUAAUAAGGCUGUAGAAAAGGGACACUGCUAUCUUACAAAAUGGCUUUAGAGCUCUGGACACGUUAUACGAAGCUUUCUGAUUAACAGUCAAGAUAAAUCCAGCUCAGCUUCCCCUGCUGAGGGCACAGGCAGGACUCCUGCUCCAGUCCCAGCACAGGGAGUGGGUUCAUGCCCAGAACAUGAGGUCCACCACAGGGCUCUUUUAGCUCCCCACAGCUCCACUCUCCUGUUGCUUUAGAGGAUCUUGGGCAGGACAGAGGAGCCAGCCUGACCCUGGGGUGUACCAAGGACUGGGCAAACCUCUAAAGCUCUGUGAUCCCUUCAAGGCAGCACUUGGAGAUCUCCUUCCCACCAGCAGGCACCAGGGUUUUCCCACAUGGAAAAACGCUCCGGUGGUGGCCAAAGCCAGAGUAACUCUGGCUUUCUUGGCUACUCCACCACACCAGCCCUUCUCCUGCCUUACACACCAGUGUGAAAAAGUGCAGCAGCUUUAAAGUGGGUGAAUCCUUGUUCUCUCCCCUCCUGACCUCAACCAGCUCCCUGGUAAACAGCCUCUGUAAGAAAAACCAAUCACAAUGGAUGGACGGACAGAAAAGUCUUCUAGGGAUGAGAGGGUAAGACUCCUGAAAGCCUGGGACACCACAGCAAUUUACUGAAUCAAGAUCAAAACCUGGACACACAGGAGAACCACCGGCAGUUCUGGCUGUGAAUGCCAUCACUCCCAGAUGUCCCGAGGUCACCCACUGGCCACUUGGGAAAGGACACUAUGGUGCUACCAUAACACUCUCUUGAAGGUCAAAGCACUCAUUACACACACAACUGGGAGCACAACUUCCAGCUCUUUUUUCUUAGUUUUUUCCUAGCAGGAAGCAAUUUUUCUUUCCAUUUAGCUGGCUGGUUCACCCAUCACCCACUCCCAGCCGCCCGACUCACAGCCUAGUGAGAACUGGGUUUCUUUCCACAUUUCAAAGAAGUUCACAGCAGCUAUGAAAGGCAAAAAGCAGGAUUUACUAGCUCAGAAAGGUUUGAAGUGGGUUAGUGACAGAAUCCAUGCACUGGGGCUAGCCACUGGUCAAAGAGAUUUCUACCAGGUUUCCCAGGGAAUUGAGCUGGGUUUAAACCAAAACCAAACUCCAAGCAAAGCUUGAAAGCCAUUGCUUUGCCAAUCCACCAAACUGGAGUGGGAGAGAGCAGAGACUGAAGGCCCCAAACCACUGUCAUGGAGCAGUUGUUAAAUCACUCCUUGGAGCACACAGAACACUCCAUGAUCCACCAAAAAGCAAGCAGCCCUCAAGCUGGAUCUGGCUGGCACUACACGCUCUGAUUACACAAGACCCUGUACAAGAGAAACCCAAAAAAGCUGCUGGCAGAGGAGGAGAGGUGGGGAAUGACCAGAGGAGAAAGGAGACAGCCCCUGCCUGUGCAGGAAUCCUCACUCCAAUAAACACACCAGAGGAAAGGGACUCACAACUGGAACAGAAACAAGAAACCUUCACCUGAAUUAGUAUCUUCAUAGCUAAUAAAAAAAUAGGUCACGAUCUCACCCUUAGCGCCGCUUUCCGAUACUACACGUACUGAAGGGGUUUUGUUUUAAAACUUUCUUUACUCAGUGUAAUGAAAACAAUGGCACAAAUAAAUACACGCUCGCUCUCCUCGCGAGUGGGACGCACACGCACGGCCGGCUCCUCGCCCCCACAGACACCCUUGGGUGCACACCCAGGACAGGAGGCUGCUGCUCCCCUUCCCGGGCUGUAUUUGGUUUAUGCUACAGUACUAAUACUCUGAGUCAAACAAAAAAACAAAACAAAACAAGAGACUUAUCAGUAACACCUUAUCAUUAUUUCAAUGUGCUAAAUUAGUCACAGCUCAAUUUCAGUUUUUCUUUUUUUGUUGUUUGUUUGUUUUUUUUUUUUUUUUUGCUUUUUUUUUAUAAGUUUACACAAAAAUAAUCAGAAAACAGAUUAAAUCUUAAGAUAUUUUUAAUAAGUGCUCAGUUAAGAAUUGUGUGAGGACUUGGGGAGGACUGCAGACAGCGACAGGGUGAGUUACACGACAGCACAAGGAAGUUCCUUCUGUGGUCCUGCCUGGCUCUAGGCAAUAGUCUAUCCCAGAAAUACAUCCCAGACUGGGGAGCCGGAGCUACAGGAGCUCAGAGACAGGAAUUCCUAACUGCUCAGCACUGAGCACACGCCGUGGAGCUCAUGGAGACAGACAGACAGACAGACAUCUGAACAGAGGGUGGUCAGAAAUACAGCAGAGAAGGUGCUGCCGAGGGCGUUUCUGGAUGGGUCCCGCUGGCGAGGCAAAGCCACAGAGAUGAGCAUCGGGGGAAAUCCAGCCCAACCCAGCGCUCGAACCGUGUUUCUCUCAGCAUUUCUUUUGCUAUUUAGGUGACAGACUGGACUGGGCCAAGAUGAGUCCUCAAAUAUUCAGCAAGACUCAGACCUUUCUAGAGGCGCAGGGUUAGUGCUGCUCAAUUCCUGCAUCGUCCCAAGCAGGGACCUGGGGCAGGGGUACAGGACAGCACAGACCCCAGGGAAGCAAAACAGGGUGUUUUUGUCUUUUUUUUUUCUUUUUUCUUUUUUUUUUUAAUGGAACCCAGCCCUUAAGGCGACAAGUGACUACACAAGGCAAAUAAAUACACAGCAGAGCCUUAAAGCCAGUAAAACAAACUGGAAACUUUGCUUAUUAGCCUUCAACUUUUUGAAAAUAAUAAUAAUAAAAAAGGAAAAAGAACAUUUCUUCCGCCUUCAUUUUCCCAGCCCCACCAUCCAGUUUGUUCAACACUUUAAAGCUCAGGAACGCCCCAGCUCUUCAGCAGCAGAGCUGGAGACGAUUCCGACUUUUGGCAAGCAGUUAGGAGACUCAACAGAAUUAAAAAUAGGAACGUUGGAGGACUAGAUGUUGGGCACAUCUGUAAACAUGUUAUACAUCUCAAAGUUACACACACCUGUAGAGGUGGUACAGUUUAUAGGUGAAACAGAAGUAUUUGCGACUGGCCAACCACACAUUUCCGAACCUGGACUGAUACAAUACAUGAUGACUAUAUAGUAUCACACUCAGAAUUAUACUAUAUAGCUUUGGAUACAUCAAAUGGAGUAGGCAAUCCAUAGUCAAAUGUUUAAGCGUGGCAGAAAGCGAGCGUCUUACACAAGGUACAGAAUUCAAUUUCAUUGUCCCACCAUGAACUCAAGUGUCUCAUUCAGGAACAAUCUUAUUAAAAGUAUAAAAACAAUUAAAAAAAACACAUGCUACAUACUCCUAAUUAAAAAAAAAAAAAAAAAGAAA